AUGUGGGGUGCCCCUGGACGAGGCCUGGCCCCUGUGGAAGGCCAGACAUUCCUGGUCUGCAGUCUUAUCCUGGCAGCUGCUUGGGGACAAAUGAAUUUCACGGGAGACCAGGUUCUUCGCGUCAUGGCUAAAAAUGAGAAGGACCUUUCACUUAUCAGGGCCUUGGAAUUCCUGAAGCCCCAGAAGGUGGACUUCUGGCGUGGCCCAGCCAGGCCCAACCUCCCUGUGGAUAUGCGCAUUCCUUUUUCUGAGCUGAAAGACAUUAAAGCUUACCUGAAUGCCCACGGCAUUGCUUACAGCAUCAUGAUCAAGGAUAUUCAGGUUUUGCUGAAUGAGGAGAGAGCAGCCAUGGCCAAGUCCCGCCGGCUGGAGCGCAGAGUCCGAAGUGCCAACAGCUUCAGCUAUUCCUCCUACCACACCUUAGAAGAGAUAUAUAAGUGGAUGGACAACUUUGUAACUGAGCAUUCAGAUAUCGUCUCAAAAAUUCGGAUUGGACGCAGUGUUGAAAAUCGGUCCAUCUUUGUCCUAAAGUUCAGCACUGGAGGUUCUCUGCGCCCUGCCAUCUGGAUUGACACAGGAAUUCAUGCCCGGGAAUGGAUCACUCAUGCCACUGGCAUCUGGAUAGCCAAGAAGAUUGUCAUCGAGUAUGGCAAAGACCAGGUUCUGAGCCAGAUCCUGAACACAAUGGACAUCUUCCUGGAGAUUGUCUCCAACCCGGAUGGGUUUGCCUUUACCCACAGCAUGAACCGCUUGUGGCGGAAGAACAAGUCUACCAGGCCUGGAAUCUUCUGCAUCGGGGUGGAUCUGAACAGGAACUGGGAGUCAGGCUUUGGAGGAAAUGGUUCUAACGAGAACCCCUGCUCAGAGACUUACCAUGGGCCUGCCCCUGAGUCGGAGCCUGAGGUGGCUGCCAUCGUGAAGUUUAUCACGACCCAUGGGAAUGUCAAGGCUCUGAUCUCCAUCCACAGCUACUCUCAGAUGCUCAUGUACCCUUAUGGCCGUUCACUGGAGCCCGUUUCGAACUACAAGGAGUUGUACAAUCUCGCCAAGGAUGCUGUGCAGGCCCUGAGAGCUGUCCAUGGGAUCGAUUACCUUUACGGCAGCAUUAGCACCACCCUCUAUGUGGCCAGUGGAAUCACCGUGGACUGGGCCUAUGACAGUGGAAUCAAAUAUUCCUUUAGUUUUGAGCUCCGGGACACGGGGCGCUACGGUUUCCUGCUUCCAGCCACACAGAUCAUCCCCACAGCCCAAGAGACUUGGAUGGCACUCAUGGCCAUCAUGGAGCAUGCCCUGAAUCACCCCUACUAGCAACAGACAAGGCCUGAGUCUCCUCCUAAACCCCAAUGUAUGUUUCCCCUCACCCUCCCCUGACCCCUUAAAAAAUAAAACCAAGUCUGAAUAA